AUGUCUCUUGGUCCAAAGAUUUUAAAUUAUAUUCAUCAUCAUAGGCUUACUCGUGAUGAAGAAUGGACACUUGAAUUAGCAAGUGAAUUGAUUCAACAAAGUUUUUUAAAAUCUAGUUCAGUUUUAUCAUUCACAGAAAAUCAAAUCCAACUUGAUCUUGAAAACCUUUGGAACGGUUUAGAUUCAAAUACGCAAGAUUUAAAUCAGAUUAUAGGUGAUCAUUGGUCGAUUUCAGUUUUACAGGUUAAUCAGAUUAAAGAAUGUUUGAAAGAACUUAGGAAACCUUUGAGUGAUGAAAAUGUUCAAUUGUUUAAUGAUGAUUUAUUUUAUCAAAAGUUUCCUUACCUAGAAGAUGAUUUUUUACUUACUUUUACUUCAAUUAAAACUAAAAGAAUUCAAUCUAAACUUAUAAAAGAUCAACUUGGAGUUAACAAACUUUUAGAUUUCAAAGAAGGAAAAGGUUCAGUCAAAUUCUCUUCUGAAGAAGAUUUGAUGGUAGAGAUUUCAACUGUAGAAGAAUUGAUGGAUAUAGAACCGAUUUAUGACCUUGAACAGGUUAUUAGUGAGAAAGAAAGGGUUUUAGAGCCAUGGCUCGGAUCUGAAGACUUACCAAUCGAAUUCAGAAGUCUAUUACUCGAAGAAAGCUCAACUAUAGAAACCCAUAUACCUACUUGUCUGACUCCUCCAAUGAUGCCUAGAGAAGAUGAACAAAAAGGAGUGAAUUUGAUCAAUCAACCUACAGAAAUGGCUCGGUUGGUGAUUAAUAGUAUGGAAGAAAUGGAGAUGACAGAUUCUCAACCCGAGCUUUCGAAUGAUAUAUGGGAUGAGCUAGUUACGCCACCAUCAAGUCCUGCAGUUCGAAAUAAAGAAAGGCCUAUAAAGGUUUCAGAUGAAUGUUUAAUACCGAAAGAAAAUGAAGAUGUUUUAAAUUUAGUAAGAUCAGACAAACCGAUUUUAGAAACUAUUCUUUUCCCACUUAAACAUCAACAUUCAAAUAAUAGAUCAAAUUCAUUUGAUCCAUCUUUAUACCUAAACUUAAGGCCAUUCAGACCACUUCCAUCAAAGAAUCAAAAACAUGGUAAUAAGAAUACUUUGGAAUUCAUGGAUGUAGAAGAGACAAAUAGUCAUCAAGUGCUUAUUGAAUUGGAAACAUUUUUAGAAAAAUUUGAUCAUGAAGGAGAUUAUGAGAAUGAGAGGUUUGAAAUCCCUAACAUCAACACGGGUAGUUCUCCAAAGCGCAUUAAAAUCAAUGCUACGAAACCCGAAUCACCACCUAUGAGACGUAAUAGCAUUACUGGCAUUUAUCGACCCAGAUUGCAAGACUUUGGACUUUCAAAAGGAGACCGACCAAACGAAGAUGGAAAACAAUGGUACUUACCUCUAGAAUUCAACAAAGUGGAAGGAUUAAAGUCACUUAAUAUUGAUUUAUCAUGGACACCUUAUACACUUCCUGAACCAUUAACUGUAGAAAGAUUAAUAGAUGUAGAAGAAGCGCCUCAAGGAUGUAUUGCAGAAAUUAGUUCAACUGAUAGUUUUGAAAAAGAUUUAGGAGAUAGUAGAUCAUCGAUUUUAUUUGAUCAAGAAAAUAUGAUUGAAGUAUUAGAGAUAGAUCAAAAAUCAAAACAAGAUUUUAAAUUAAUAGAUUUCUCUUCUUGCUCGAAUUCAUUUCAACCCAUCAUAAAUCAUUCAAAAGUAGAUAAUAUUUUAUAUGAUGAAUUGAAUUCUAAAUCAGAAUCAGUUAUUGAAAGUUAUUCUAUAGCAGAAGAAGAAAGUUUAAUAACUUCAAAGAUUGAACCUACAACGGAAAAUGGUUUUGUUUCUGAUGAUGGACGAAAUGUGAGGUUUCAAGAAAUCGAAAUUGAUGAUGAUAGUCCUUCAAUUAUGUCACUUCAUAUGAGUGAAGGGAUCAAUAAUGAUGAUAGAUCAGAUUCGAUUCAAUCAAUUUCUCCUAUACCAGAACUUCAUACUCCAGAAAGGCAUGUUACACCGUUAUCAACUUCAGUUCAAAAUCCAAUCAGACAAAAGGAGUUUGAUCCAAAUCACUAUGUGGAUUAUUAUCCUAGCUUUUUAGAUCAUCAUACAAAACCUGCUCCACUGGGUGCUUCAACAAGCAGUGAAAAUGUAUCAUCAAGAACCCGUUUGGAAGAAAAGAUUGAUUCCACAGACGAUGAGGAGGAAGCGCGAGUGAUUGGUGUCAGUGAUCAUGAGAUGGAGAAAAUACCAGUUGAACUUUUCCAUGAAGGAGAAUCAAAUGAGAACAUAAUCCACGAUGAAUCAACAAACCAAUUUGAUACUAUAUCACUUUCAAUUGUAGAAGAAAACGAAAUUCUUGAUAAUCAAAAUGAAGAAAAUGAAUCAAGAGAUUUAAUUCAGUUUUCAACAAACCCUGGUACUCCAGAAAAGAUUCAAUCAAAUUUAAAGAUUCCUAUUGUAAGAGAAAAACUUUCAGAACGUCUUCAACACUUUAUGAAAUCUCGUAAAGUGAAAAAUGAAAUCCAAAAUUCUACGUAUCAAGAAGAAAUUGGAUUAGAGAAAACUAACAAAGAUGAAGAGAAAACAAUUCGAAAGAAUCUAAAAUUUAAUUCGACUUUACCCAGAAUUUGUCCACCACCACCAUUAUCAAUUCAAGAUCAACUUUAUUUACCAAAUCCAAUCUCAAUUAAUGAAGUAGAAAGUCAUGAAAAGUUAAUUGGAUUUUAUUCGAUUAGGAUUUCUGAAAAUCGAUAUUUAAAAUCCCAACUUGAAAACUAUUUUAGUUUAGAAGAAUCUAAUGAAUUUGAUUGGAAAGAGAAAGAAAAGAUCUUAAAACCUGAUUUAAUUUUUCAAGAUCAACAAACCGGUUUAGAAAUCGGGAUUGUGUUUAUCAGGUUAUCUACUUUGAUUAGUGGAUCAUAUAAACCCAAUGAGAUUGAAAAGAUUGAUAAUGGUGAAGAUUUGAUUGAAGAAAACUCGAUUAAAAAUCAAGUUAUUCAAGAAGCUUGUUUUACAAGUAUUUAUAGAUUAUCGAAAAGCUUUUCAAGAUUAUUGAUCGUUUUAGAAGCAUAUCCAAUUAAACCAACAUCAUCUUCAAGUUCAAAUGAAUUAAUUGCUUAUGCAUAUACACCACCGAUUUGUAACAGUUUAGAAAUUUUAAAAUCACAUGUUUUGAAACUUGAAGAAAACGUUCAAGAUCAUCAAGGUGAUUUUAAUGCUGAUUUAAGUGUUUCUGAAUCUUAUGAAAGGUCUUGUGAAAUUGCUUUACAAUGGGUUAAGGAGGUUUUACCUUCUACAUAG